AAAAUAAAUGUGUUAGCUUUUUGUUUUGAUUUCUAAUGUCGUCUGGGCAGGCUGACCCAGAAGAAACUUGGGUUUUGGGGAGAAGAAGCGAAGAAGAGGCAAAGACUGUGAGACAAGUCUGCUUUCUCUCUCUAGAAUUUCGAUCCUUUUUAUGGCCUUUUGUUCACAUCACUAUAUUAAACUACUUUGAAAAAUACCCAUAAAUAAUUUUUAAAAGUAUGUUUCUUUCGUUGAAUCCUCCGAACUCCCCUUUAAUUUCUUAUUGACUAAGCUUUUCUUUUCUUUUCUUUUUUUUUUAUCUUUGGUUGUCUCUCUUUUCCUACUGUUUCCAGAUCUCUGAACGAUUCGUCUCCGAUAAUUUUGAGAACUGGUUGAAAAAAAACCCAUCUUUGAAGGCUCUACAAUGGCCGGCCGGUAUGAUCGGAACCCCUUUGACGAAGAAGAAGAAGUGAAUCCCUUUGCUGAUGGAAAAUCAUCAGGACAACCCAAAUUCUCUGGCGGCUCAUUUUACACAACAUCUGGCACUGUUCCUCCAGCAACCAACUCAAGGCUUUCACCACUUCCACCAGAACCUGCUGAUUUCUAUAAUAGUACUGCAUCAAUUGAUAUUCCUCUUGAUAGUGCUUCGGAUUUGAAAAAGAAAGAAAAGGAACUGCAAGCUAAGGAAGCUGAAUUGAGAAGGCGGGAACAGGAUGUAAGGCGAAAGGAAGAGGCUGCUGCUAGAGCUGGAAUUGUUCUUGAGGAGAAAAACUGGCCACCUUUCUUUCCAAUUAUUCAUCAUGAUAUUGCAAAUGAGAUACCGAUUCAUCUACAGAGGAUUCAGUAUGUUGCAUUCUCAACCUUUUUGGGACUUGUAGCAUGUCUUUUUUGGAAUGUCAUUGCCGUUACUACAGCAUGGAUUAAGUUAGGAGACCCCAAAAUCUGGUUUCUUGCCAUCAUAUACUUCAUAUCAGGGGUUCCAGGGGCAUAUGUGUUAUGGUAUAAACCACUUUAUCGUGCUUUCAGGACUGAUAGUGCAGUGAAGUUCGGGUGGUUUUUCUUGUUUUAUUUGCUUCAUAUUGGAUUUGUCAUCUUCUCUGCGGUUGCUCCUCCAGUGGUAUUCAAGGGAAAAUCUCUUGCGGGUAUCCUGCCUGCUGUAGAUCUCAUUGGCAAGCAUGCCUUGGUUGGGAUAUUCUACUUCAUUGGAUUCGGACUGUUCUGUCUAGAAUCAGUCCUGAGCGUUUGGGUUAUCCAGGUCUGAUCUCGAAAUAUACUAAUUGGACUUUAAGAUCUUCAAUUAUGUGUCGUUCACUUUAGGCUUAAUACUAUACCCAUGGAGAAGAUAAAUGUUCUCAUAUCUUUUUUACUGCUUCAUGCAUUUUCAUCUGCAGCAAGUCUACAUGUAUUUCCGAGGCAGUGGCAAAGCUGCAGAGAUGAAGCGUGAGGCUGCCAGGGGAGCAUUGAGGGCUGCAGUAUGAUAUGAUCAACUACAGAAGCCUGGUUAUGAAAUUUUAUAUUCAUGUUUUCUGGGAUCAGGUUUAGCCGUAUGUACGCCUUAUCAUUGAGAGGAGCAGAUGUUACAAAAGGUCACUUGGCUGUUAGAUUGGAUUUACUGUGUUGGUAGUGUGCAUUUUUGUAUGUAAGUUCGCAUUCAUUUCAGUAGAGUGACAUUUAUGAUCACUGGAAAUACUAGGAGUUUAAACAAUACCUUCCGUGGUUUAAACUAAAUACUCUUCACAUCUGUAUAUUUCAAGAGUUCUAAAGUUGAUUCAAUUUUUCAUUCCAUUGCAGAAAGUUUGACGGUGCUGUUGUAUCUUCAAUUUUUUUUUUACAGUCAACUCCUCAAAUUAUAUUGAAUCAUCUAUAAUCAUCUUUUUUUUUUUUAAUAAAAGACUGAUAAAGCAAACUAUUACAGAGGACAGCCUUCAAGAGUGUAUAAUGAUUAAGCUAAAAAUUAUGCACUUGCAUUAUUCUCUCCCUUUAUGGAUCUCAUUCAUUUCUUGUGGACUUAAAAGAAGUCAAUUAUUUAUUAGGUAUGUGAUCAUACCGUAUUUUCUCCGAUCCUUUUAUACUCCUCAUUACCUUAGCAAUAAGCGAUGCAUUUCUUGUGGCAGUCCAUGGUGCAGCCGCCACCACCAGCUCCCAAACACUUGGCCGGACACGUCAGCUUCUUUUUGUAACAUGGGCCCUUUUCUUCACACACGAUGCUGGGCCUUGUGAUCUCACUAUCUCCGUUCACAGCGUUUGGAAUGCUGCCUCCGAAGCUGAUCCCCAAACCGGCGUCCACCUCACCUUCUAACCCGGACUGAUUAGACUGGGCCUGGGCUGCAAUGGGGAACGCGGUGGUGAUUAGCAAGAUGGCCAACACAUAAGUAGUAAAGGAAUUCAUAGUGUGAGAAUUUGAGAUGGAUUUUUCUGUUUUCCCUUUCUUUCUUUUCUGAGGAUUUUCUGAGUAGGAUCUUCCUCCUUUAAUAGAGGGAGAAGUAAGGGGGGGUUUUAACUUUGAAAGUGUUAGGUAGAGUUGGCAUGCAGUUGGGUACCGAUCACUUAGUCCUAAUUUCCGG